CUGGCGAAACCGGGCAGCGCCUCUACAACAAUUGCAUUGCACUCCUCCGCACCGCACUGCAAGCCUCUCCACACCUUCGCGCACGGUCUCCGACCAUCCACGCUCGCUACAUCGCCGCAUAGUUGAGAGAUGCGCGCCUCGCUUGCGACACUGCUGCUCGGCGCAGGCCUAGCGGCCGCGCAAGCAUCAUUCGCAGACUUGGUCGGCACCUGGAGCAGCAAGUCGAAUUCGACGCUGACCGGACCGGGCUUCUAUGACCCAACGAACGAUAGAUUCACGGAACCGAAGCACACAGGCAUCUCGUACUCGUUUUCUGCAGAUGGCCACUUCGAAGAAGCAUACUACCGCGCCGUCGCAAAUCCAUCGAACCCACGCUGUCCCAAGGGCAUAAUCCAGUGGCAACACGGAAGCUUUAAGAAGCUCGACAAUGGCUCGCUCGCUCUCGAACCCAUCAAGGACGAUGGACGCCAACUGUACUCGGACCCUUGCACAUACAAAAACUCCAUCUACACGCGAUACAACACCACCGAGUUGUUUGAACGCUAUGAAGUGCUCACAGACGGAUACACGAAGAAGACACGGCUGAACCUCUACAAGUUCGACGGGUCGCCGCUCAUGCCGCUCUACUUGGCCAUGUCACCGCCCCAAAUGCUUCCAACCUCGACCCUCAACCCACUCACCACCUCCACCGCCGGCGCAAAGCCCACCGGCAAGGUCAAGCGCUCCGAUCUCCCUCUCAACGUGCUCAGCAAGCGGACACCCCAGCAACAGCAGGCGGAUCGAUGGUGGUGGUUUGGUGUCUUCCUGACUGCUUCGGGCGGUAUCCUCUACUAUUUUUUCUAAGCAUGAACACACUUGGGAGACGGUUACGUCUGCAACCUGUGUCACAUACUCGGCUUGGACGCCGCGUCCGUUGGCUUGGGUUUUGGCAGGGAUCGAAUAAUGAAGCGACGUUGCAGAUUUUCUAUUGGAAGCAGCCUUUGGACAGCAUCAGCAUUGGGACGGUGACCACGAUUUGGACGUGUCGCCGGCGUUAUUGGGGAUGCGUUGUGAAGAGAUGGAGUUUCGGCGUUUAUAUUACGGGGAGGCUAGACCUGGCACUGCCAUAGGGACGAAGGGAUGUCACGAUCUGUAAGCCUCUAUGCGGGAUAUUUGAAACAAAUAGAAUAAUUACACAUGCAAUGAAGUGGUGCGCUG